AGUAGUCAACCAAAAAACGGAGAAAGGUCCUCAGGCGGUGUAAUCUUUUAAAUCCGCGCUAAUUCCUUAAUUUCUACGUUUGUACUCGUGACUGUUGUUUAACCAACUAAUUCAUGUCAAAAUCAAAUUGUCUCAACGAACUUGGAAGAUCUCGGGGUAGCUUAGCUUGCUAGCUGUUAAUUAGAGACGCGGAAGUCAUCAACACGUCGCUAAGCAGAGCUCAACUGUGAGUGAAAAGUGUUGUGAUUGUGUGAAGAUGUGUAAAGUAGAAAUGCUGAGAGCGUUGGUGAAUCAGCGGCUAACUGCGGCUGUUGAAGAAAUAUUUGUAGUGUUGGAAAGAACGAUAGCAGAGUACGAGGAGGAACUUUCUCGAACAAAAGAGGAGAACGAGCGACAACGUCGACUACUGGACGCUGUUUUCAAGAAGCAUCAAGUUGUGUUACCCGCGGCAGACGUCUGUGAAGAUCUUCCUCCUGAGCAGCAGGAGUGGAGCUGUAGGGUGGAGCAGGAAGAGCCACAUGCCCCUCACAUUAAAAAGGAAAAGAGGACGCCACAGCUACCCUACAAUGAAAAUGUAGAGAAGGAGCCACUGUCCCCCAACAUUAAACAGGAAGAGGAGGAUCACAGUAUCAGUCAGGAGGGAGAGCAUCUUGAAGGACUGGAGGAGUUCCUAGUGAUUGGUGUCCCCGUGAAGAGUGAAGAUGAUGAGGACAAAGAUGAAAGUGAGGAGAAGAGAGAGGUGGAGCCUCCAAACAGCAGCUCAACUCAACACAUGACAACAGAAGCUGAUGGAGACCACUGUGGAGGAUCACAAGCAGACAACCUCGUUGCUCCACUAUCAGAUAGUGACGACACAACGUCACACUCUCCUGACACUGAUGAUGAAGACUCUAUAACUGAUACGACAUGUCACACUGACAACACACGCUUUAAAUGCUCUCACUGUGACAAAACCUUUAAUGACCGUAGUAAUCUGAAUAGACACAUGAGAAAUCACACAGGAGCGAAACCAUUCUUGUGCUCAGUUUGUGGUAAAAGAUUUUCUCAGAAGGCACAUUUGACAACACACACAAGAACACACACUGGAGAGAAACCGUUUUCUUGUUCAGUGUGUGGUAUCGGUUUUGUCCGAAAUCGGGAUUUGAAAAUACACAUGAGAACACACACCGGAGAGAAACCUUUUUCAUGUUCAGUCUGUGGUAUAGGUUUUGUCCAAAAUCAAUAUUUGAAAAUACACAUGAGAAUACACACUGGAGAAAAGCCUUUUUCAUGUUCAGUCUGUGGAAUGAGUUUUGCACAAUAUCCAUGUUUGAAAAGACACAUGAGACGACACACUGGAGAAAAACCAUAUUCCUGUUCAAGCUGCGACAAAAGCUUUUGUGACCGAACAACACUUGUAGCACACAUGAGAACACACACUGGUGAUAAACCUUUUUCCUGUUCAAUCUGUGGCUUACAUUUUGUAAGGAGGCAAAAUUUGAAAAUACACAUGAGACGACACACUGGAGAAAAACCUUUUUCCUGUUCAGUGUGUGGUACGGGUUUUGUACAAAACCAAGAUUUGAAAAAACACAUGAGAACGCACACUGGGGAAAAACCAUAUUCCUGUUCAAUCUGCAACAAAAGCUUUUGUGACCGAACACCACUUGUACGACACAUGAGAACACACACUGGUGAGAAAGUGUUUAGUUGCAGUGUGUGUGAUGAAAGAUUCUCUUAUAAGUACCAGCUUAACAAUCACAAGUGUGCUGGUGAGAACAGCAACAGUAAAUGAAGCUGCGCGACUAACACUUGGGUAACUUUGACUUUCUAACAUCACCGCAUUUAAUGUGUGACAUCAUUGUUGUGUGUAACACAGUCUUGUUAAUUUGCGUCUACCAUUUACAGUAAAUGCAAUAAAUA